AUGGCACCCCCGGCAAAGCUACCAACACGUAAGUUGGGCAAAGAUGGCCCUGAAAUCACGGCUCUCGGAUUCGGCCUCAUGGGGUUGAGUACCGCCUACGGAUCAGUAGGGUCCGACGAGGAGCGGCUCCGGGUGCUCGACCGCGCGUGGGAGCUCGGGUGCACCAACUGGGACUCGGCCGACAUGUACGGCGACAGCGAGGAUCUGGUGGGCAAGUGGUUCGCCCUGCACCCGGAACGCCGAGCCGACGUCUUCCUGGCCACCAAGUUCGGGCUGUCGCCGGGCGUGCGCGCCGACGGCAGCCGCGGCCUGGUCAUCGACAGCUCGCCCGAGUACUGCCGGGCCCGGUGCGAGAAGAGCCUGCGGAGACUCGGCGUCGACUCCAUCGACCUGUACUACGUCCAUCGCGUGGACGGGAAGACGCCUAUUGAGAAGACCAUGGCCGAGCUGGUCAAACUGAAGGAAGAGGGCAAGAUCAAGUACAUUGGCAUCUCGGCCUGCUCGGCGGCCACGCUCCGGCGGGCCUGUGCCGUGGGCCCCGUGCACGCCUACCAGGUCGAGUACUCCCCCUGGGCGCUCGACAUCGAAGGGCCCGAGAGCGGCCACGUGCUGGCGGCCUGUCGGGAGCUGGGCGUGUCCGUGUUCGCCUACUCGCCGCUCGGGCGCGGCUUCUUGACCGGCCAGAUCCGGUCACCCGACGACUUCGAGCCCGGCGACCUGCGGCGGCUCCUCCCGCGCUUCAGCAAGGAGAACUUCCCCAAGAACCUCGAGCUGGUCGCCCGGUUCAAGCAGCUGGCCGCCCAGAAGGGCUGCAUGCCGGGGCAGCUGGCCAUGGCCUGGCUGCUGGCCCAGGGACCCGACGUGAUCCCCAUCCCGGGGACCAAGAACGUCAAGUACCUCGAGGAGAACGUCGGGGCGCUUCACGUCAGCGUGAGCAGCGGGGAGGAGCGGGUCAUCAGGGGCUGGAUCGAGGACGUCGGGAUCGCCGGCCUGCGGGUGCCUCCGGGCCUGUUGGACGAGUUUAAUGACACGCCCCCCUUGUAG